AUGGUAGAUAGGUGCUUAUGGCAAUCAGAAGGUCAAUUGGCAUUAGAGACUGCUAAAGUUUGUCUUAUCAAUGGCACUUCAACAGGUUGCGAAAUUCUUAAAGAUUUAGUUUUACCUGGCAUUGGAUCAUUUACAGUUGUUGAUAACAAGAUUGUUGAAGGAUCAGAUGUAGGAAUUACAUUUUUUCUUGAUACAGAUUGCAUAGGAAAAAAUCGAGCAGAGUCAGUUACUCAAUUAUUGCAAGAAUUAAAUGAAGAUGUUAAAGGAUAUUAUCUUUCAGAGGAUCCAAUUACCCUGAUUGAAACGCGACCUGAAUAUUUUUUACAAUUUUCACUUGUUAUUAUGGCCAUGUCUGGAGUCAACGAGAAACAACUACUAAAGUUAGCCGAUACUUUAUGGAAGGCUAAAAUACCACUUGUUGUUGUACAAUCUGUUGGAUUCAUUGGAUAUUUUCGUAUAGUGUUACCUGAGCAUACAAUUGUUGAGACGCAUCCUGAAAAUGCUUUUGAUCUUCGUUUGGAUGUACCUUUUCCAACUCUUGAAGGAUAUGUUAAUAAUAUUAAUUUUGAUACUCAAGACUCUAAAGAGCAUGGUCAUAUUCCUUAUGUGGCUAUUUUAUUGAAAUAUUUAAAUGAAUGGAAAAAAAAUCAUAAUGGUGAAUUUCCAAAAACUUAUGCUGAAAAAAAUGAAUUCAAACAACUUAUUAAUAACUGUAGAUUAAAACAUGACGAGGAAAACUUUGAUGAAGCAUUAGCUAAUGCUUGGAAAGCAUGCACUAUCACAAAAAUACCUUCUCAUGUCGAAAAAAUUCUUGACGAUCCAUCAUGUGAAAAUUUAACAUCCGAGUCAACAAACUUUUGGAUUAUUGCAAGAGCAGUCCGUGAUUUUAUAGAUAAUGAAGGUCAACACUUGCUACCAUUAUCUGGUAGUCUACCAGACAUGAAAGCUGAUACUGCUGGAUAUGUUGAAUUACAAAACAUUUAUCGCAAAAAAGCUAAAGAGGAUUUUGCAAUAGUACGAUCGAAUAUUAACAAGAUAUUAUCAUCUAUUGGUAGAUCAUCUGACUCUAUUUCAGAUGAUCAAGUUGAAAAUUUUUGUAAAAAUGCUGCUCACAUCAAAGUAAUUCGUUAUAGAUCUUUACAAGAGGAAUAUAUAAAUGAUCCUAAAAAAAAUGAAAUUGAGCAAUGGUUGGAAGAUUCUGAUAAUAAUAUUGUUUAUUAUAUUUUGAUCAGAGCAAUUAAUAGAUUUUAUGAAAUUCAUAAUCGUUAUCCAGAUGCUGAGACUUUUUUUAUUGAAAUUGAUUCAAGUGAAUAUACUGAACAAGCUAGAUCAGAAUUUGACUCAUUAAAAACAAUUGUCAUUGAUUUAUUAAGAGAAUGUGAUAUUACAAAUAUUCCUGACCAUUUGGAUAAUUAUAUUCAUGAAAUAUGUCGAGCUGGCGGAUCAGAAUUACCAAACAUUGCCGCUUUACUUGGUGGUUUGGUAUCUCAAGAAAUCAUUAAACUUAUUACUCAUCAAUAUAUUCCUAUGGAAAAUACUAGCAUUUUCGAUGGAACUAAAUCGACUGCUUCUACUUUUGUAUUGUAA